AAACGCCAACGCGAGACGAGAGAUCGCGAGACGGGGAAUAUGGCGGCGGUGACAGGCUGGUGACAAUUCGAUGUGGGAUGGGCGUCGCGUUGAACGAGGGAGAGCGCAGAGCCUUUUUUUCCCGUCGUGAUGAUAAUAAAUGGUGAUACCGCGGCGUAUAAACAUGGCGAUCAUUUGAUAUCGCAGUCGUCUUCCGAUCCGCGAGUCUCGCUGCUCAAGAUCGUGCGGGGGUAAGGUAGGUAGGUAGGUAUACACCGUUCUCGUCUCGUGGACGCCCGCCUGUGGAAAACGUCGAGAGUUUCGCAUCAUCGUGAGGAUCUUUCUCGUCAUUUUCUCCCGCGGCAUCAUCAAGAAGCUUGGAUUAAAAUGGCCCGGGAAUACGAUCAUCUGUUCAAGCUGCUCAUCAUUGGAGAUAGUGGUGUAGGUAAAAGCUCGCUACUUUUGAGAUUUGCCGACAAUACUUUUAACGGCAGUUAUAUAACUACGAUAGGAGUGGACUUUAAAAUACAAACUGUGGAGAUAGAUGGUGAGCGAGUAAAGCUGCAAAUUUGGGAUACCGCUGGACAAGAACGUUUCCGGACAAUAACUUCAACUUACUAUAGGGGAACACACGGCGUUAUAGUUGUAUAUGAUGUGACCAGCGGUGAUACAUUCGCGAAUGUUAAACGAUGGCUGCAUGAAAUCGAACAGAAUUGUGAUGUGGUUAACAGGGUACUUGUAGGAAAUAAGAAUGAUGCACCUAAUCAGAAAGUGGUGUUAACAGAGGAUGCGCAAAGAUUCGCCAAUCAAAUGGGAAUACAGUUGUUUGAAACCUCCGCCAAGGACAACAUUAAUGUCGAGGAAAUGUUCAUGGCAAUAACGCGGCAAGUAUUGCGGACCAAAAAAGAACGCAAGGAGCGGCAAGCCAUACAAACCAACGAGACAGUCAAUUUGAGGAAAAGCACAAAACAGCACAGGAAAAAAUGUUGUUAGCGAGCGUUGUAUAAACAUGCUACUCCUUAUUCACAAAAUAUUAUUUGAUACGGUAAUUAGGACAGAAUAAAACAGAGAGCAUGUGUUAAUAUCACUAGCAGACAUGAGACGCUGGAAACCCUGAUAUUUUCUAACACCAACUUUUUUGUGAGUUUUGUAUUCCAAUUAUGAUACCUAAGAUUGUAUGCUAACUAAAAAAAAAGGCAAACUUUUGAUGUUAGUAGAUAUUGUAUUUAAAUAUCGAGCGGAAUAUCGAGCGAGCGCAUAGGGCUUAUUUAAUGAAAACGAUUGUCUAUGCAACAUUCCUUUUGUGCUGCGUUUAGGAACAAAGGCCUAUUCAUUUAUAACAUUUAUGAAAGGGUAACUUAUCACACAUAUAUACACAUGCAAAUAUUAAAAAUUAUUGUCACAUAAACAUGCGCGCGUUUCGUAUCGCAUAAUCAUUAAAUAACGUAACUAAUGAACGCUCCUUCACAAAAUACAUCUUUCGUUAAUCUUUCCAAAGUCAUUUUGGUCAUUGCAUAGAGUUUUGCUGCACUUUCGACCAUGAGUUACCAUAUUUUAAAUAAAUUGUAUUUAAAGUGAGUAGGAUUAAAGUUUCUUGAACAAACGAGCAACGGAUAUUAUUAGCUAAUCCAAAUAAAACGUAGGAUGUUUUAGUAAAAUUAAGGAUCCUGUAUAUAUAUAGUUUGAUGACGCUUUCAGUGCACUCUAAAAGAUUCGGACAUUAAGGCACAACUGAAUGUAUUGAUUAAUAUACAAAAAGAGUGCAUACUGUUUAAAAAUUAUAAAAAAAAACUUGGCCAUAUAAACUUCGACAUAUUUUCUAUUGAAUUCAAAAGACUGUCGUAACAAAUUGAAAACCACGAUUUGAUUUAUGAAAUUUACACAGUAAGCAUAAUUUAUAAUUUUUUCUUCCGACUUUUAUAAUUAAAUUUUUUUACACUAAUAUAUAUAAUAUUAUAUAUAUUAUUAUAAUAUAUAUUAUAAAUAUAUUACAUACUAUUAAUAUUAAAAUAUAUAUAACAUAUAUUAUAAAUAAUAUAUAUGUAUAAUAUAUGUUGAAAUUAUAGAUUUUGAGCAUACAAUUUGCACAUAUAUAUAUAUAUAUGACAAUUACUAUAUUUAAAAAUAUUUUUUUAAAGUCUUUUUUUAAAUACCUAAUGAAAUUAUUAGAUGCAAUUUUCUCUGAUUAUUGAAAGUGAUUUUCCCCAGUAAAAGAUGUAUAUGCCCUUUAUUAUACUUUCAAGAUAUCGGAAUACAUAAUAUUUAAUUGGGUGCAUCAAUAAAAUAUUAAACAGUAUUACAUAUAUAUGUCACUUUUUAAUUUUAUAUAUCGUUUAAUGUGUAUCUAUCUGCAUAAUAGCGGCUCUAUACCAGAGAAAAGAAGUUUAUAUCUAUGCGUCCGAAUUAUAUAUAUACUUGGAGAGAGAUAUCGCAAAAAAGUAUUUUAAAUUAUCCAUGCAUUUGCGACGAACAUACACACACGCCCAUAUACACACACGCCCAUAUACACACAGUUAAAUAUUUAUUGCAGAAGGGUAGAUAGCAAGUCGAUAAAAUACGAAUGAUGAUCGGUCAUGUCCAGCUAUGACAGAAGCUGUCUGUAUUAAUCUGUGAUAAUAGUUAAGAUAAUGUCGCCAGCUGCCACUGUGUAAUACUGCUGCAUGUACCUACUCUCUACUCCUCCCCUCCUUCCUCUCCCCAUUAUAAUUGUAAUUAAUAUCAUUAGCCAUUGUUUCUCUUUUCCUCUUUUUUUUUCUUUCCUUUAGUAUCAAUUACUUAUCUCCCUUAGAGGCAAUAAAGCGGCAUCCUACAAAAUGUGUACAUAUUAUCUACUUGCCAGUUUUAGUGGCAUAUUAUUCAUGAAGUAUUUCAAUCGAGCAUAUUCAUCUUGUUUACUAUUGUACAGUUACGACGUUGUAAUAUUAUUAUACAUACUACGAUUAUAAAUAAAUAGAAAUCUACAUGUAUGUAUUAAA